AUCUUAUCCACAGCCAGCACAACAGGUGCAACUAAUCUUUAACAAUGUCAUGAAUAAAACCAAAAGCGUCACGCGCUGCACGCCAUUGGUGCCUCAGACACCCAAUGGCAGAGAAGAAGGACCUUCAGACCGUCAUCAGAAGGAUCGCCUCUGUGACUAACCACCUCACUUCCUCCCACACUUCCCAAGCUCAACUCGCCUUGUUCCACACUUCUACUAGGAACGAUACCUACCAACGUGUUCACGGUGAAGUUCCCUCUCACGACGUCGUUUGGAGGGUCGUCGCUUCUGAUGAGUCUGGCAAGCCCUUCACUGACAUCGUCUACGAGAAGGCCGUUGGAGAGGCAAUGGCCAAGAUAACUAUUAAUAGGCCAGAGAGGAGAAAUGCGUUCCGACCCCACACGGUUAAGGAGCUUAUGCGUGCUUUCAGUGAUGCUAGGGAUGAUAGCUCUAUUGGGGUCAUCAUUCUCACUGGCAAGGGGACUAAGGCAUUUUGUAGUGGUGGUGACCAGGCUUUGAGAAACGAAGAUGGUUAUUCAGAUCAUGGCAAUAAUAGUAACCUUAAUGUGUUGGACUUGCAGGUGCAGAUACGCCGCCUUCCUAAACCAGUGAUUGCAAUGGUAGCAGGUUAUGCUGUUGGAGGAGGACAUGUACUACAUAUGGUCUGUGAUCUAACCAUUGCAGCAGAUAAUGCCAUUUUUGGCCAAACUGGUCCUAAGGUAGGAAGCUUUGAUGCUGGUUAUGGAAGUUCGAUCAUGUCCCGUUUAGUAGGUCCAAAAAAGGCACGUGAAAUGUGGUUCCUCGCAAGGUUCUAUGAUGCUGUUGAAGCAGAGAAAAUGGGCCUUGUCAACACUGUUGUACCACUUGAAAAUUUAGAGAAAGAAACAAUCAAAUGGUGUCGGGAGAUACUGAGGAACAGUCCAACGGCAAUUCGGGUGCUCAAAUCAGCUCUUAAUGCGGUGGAUGACGGCCAUUCUGGACUUCAGGAAAUUGGUGGAAAUGCAACACUGAUAUUCUAUGGUACAGAAGAAGCUAAUGAGGGGAAGACUGCAUAUCUGCAGCAUAGACGCCCAGAUUUUUCUAAGUUCCAGCGGCGGCCUUAAAUUCAAAUGUACACGUCAAUUGUUGUUAUCAUUUUGGGGCGUUGACCUCUGGUCUUUCCAAUAUAAAGAAAAAUUGAUUGGGCACAUGUUCACCCUUAAUUUAUUCAUUUU